AUGCCCGGUGAUACCAGUAAUGGACAUGUUAGCCUUGGCUACCCCAAGCUUCGUCUGUGGGACUUGAAUGAGACUUCUAGCCAUUAUGAUCAUCUGAUCGCAGCCCCCAGUGAUGAGCAGCUGGUUUCCAUGUGGCUUGGGUAUGGAGUUGUAUUUUCCAUCUUUCUUGCUUUCAACCUUGUGGUGUUUCUGGCCAUUUUGCUGACCAAGAAAACCAGGACAAAUGGCUUCAACCAGUAUAUGUUGGCCAUUAUGCUUCCUGACAUCAUAUACACUGGCUACUGCGCCCUUCAGUUCAAUGUUCUAGCUGCAAAGGGAAGCUAUCGUGGCCAUUGGUGCAAAACUCAACUCUUUGUUGCUGUUUUCUUUGCCAUCAGCAACUUUUACCUAAAUGCUGUUGUAGCUCACGAAGUCAAAAUACUUCUUGAUGCAUCAAUGAGGAGACAGAGGUACUUUCCACCCUCCCAAAAAAGAAUAUUUGUAUUGGUCACUGCUUCGUACCUUUGGGCAUGCUUGGUAGCUACCAUCAGUUUAUUAAUUGUACAAACUGAUGCUCUCCAAGGGGUCGCUUGUGUUCCUUUGGUGGGAGAAGACACACACUCAAAAGUGGCAUACUUCCUAUUGCUCUUUCCUCUUUCUUUCCUACCCAUAUUCUAUGUAUGCUACGUGGCUCUACAGAUUGUUAGAGGUGGACUCCUUCCCGACAAUGGAAGGACUCGGGAAAUUGCCAUCUUCUUUGCCAGAAUAUGCCUCGUCAUGGUACUGAUGUGGGCACCCACACUCAUCAGUCUCAUGGUGGGAGCCAAAAACAUUUGGGUCUACUAUUUUGCUGGCAUUUGGAGCAUGGCAACAGGAAGUGUCACAUCGAUCUUCAGUCUAUUGAAACCGGAUAUCCGACAGGCAACACUGGCAUUUGUUCGCUGCCAAACCAGACAAGCCAAUGAAGAAUUCGACAGUUCCAUGAAUGGCACCACACGAAGCCGCAGCAGCAACAACAAAUUCCGCAAUGAUCGCAGACGUUCAUCAUUAUUCCAAUGGGCAUCAUCAUUUCUUGGCUCUUCUCGGAAAACCACUGGUGGUGCUGUGGUGAUGGCUGUCCAAGAUCCCAAUAGAUUACAAUCUGGUGCUACCUCUGGAAUACAAAAAGUUCCCGGAGAUCGUACAGUGGAAGAUGGGGCUGUGCAACAGGACAAUGCUGACAAGGAUGAUAGUGACGUCGCAAAACAGGUCAAGGACGAGGAAGUGGGGUCUGGGGAAAUGGGAGCCAGCUUGAAAAUGGAUGAAACCUAG